AUGCUCCGCCACGCCCGCCCCGCGCUGCGCGGAGCCCCGCGGAGCCCCGCGGGCGAUGCUGCCCCGUGUCCCGCCCCGCCCGGCCCGGCCGCCGCCUUACCCCGCCGCGGGGCCGCGCUUGGCCGCCGCCGCCUGCGCGCCGCUCCGCGCCCGAGCCCGGCGCCGCCUGCGCGCCCCUCCGCGCCCCGAGCCCGGCGCGGCUGCAGGUGGGUGCCCGGCGCGGCGGCUGCGCAGCGCGGCCCGGACCUGCCGGGCACGCUGGGACUCGUAGUCCGGCAGCCGCCAGCGCCCGCCGCGGGCACCGGCACGGGCAGCACCGGCAGCACCGGUACGGGCAGCACCGGCACCGGUACCGGCACCGGCAGCACCGGCACGGGCAGCACCGGCACCGGUACCGGCACGGGCAGCAGCGCCUCCCGCCCCCGGCCCGGCCACCCUCCUGGUCCCCCUGCCCCCUCAGCCCUCUCCGCGCCUGUCUGUCCCGAGCCUGCAGGUGUGGCAAGUGAGACACAGAACAGAUGGCUAUUUGAAGCCUGGGGCCCAGCUGGCAGGCACACCACUGGGAACAGGAGCUGGCUGAAGGCUGAAAGGUGGAAGGAAUUGCCCCCAGGACACAAGAUGACCACUACUGAACCUGGGGCCAGACCCCAGCCCCUCAGCAUCUCUGUGCCCCUUACAGAACUCUGCAUGCCCACUGUUCCAGGCAGCCUGCUCAGAAGUUGUUUCACACUGCCCUGGAGACACCCUGGAGUGAAGGCAACAUGACUCUGCUCCAUCCACAGAGAUAUGGUUCCUCCUCCACCUGCCCCAGCUCUGCUGUCUGUUCUGGGAUGAGAAUGAAGAUAUUUUGGCCAGAUCCCUACCUUUUUUACAUUGUCCCAUUUAAAGUGGUUGGUACCUCAGAUGGGAGAAGGAUCCAAGGAUACUGUGCUCCUCUCUUUACAGGGUCUGCUAUUGGUGAAGACCUUCCUGUUCCACUUCCUUCUCAAUGAAUGGAUCUGCAGGACAGCAUCUUCAGCACUGAAUUUUUAUCUAAAGAUUCAGAGGCCCAAGGUGAGACAAAGGCCUUCUGGAGCUGAUCAGUAUACACAUGUUUCUUGUACCACUUUUUUCUGUCCUAUAGUCAGUCCCCUGAGAAAAAAAACCCAAAUAUAUAUAUAUAUAUAUAUAUUUAUGUACAUGUAUAUAUAUAUAGCAUAGAGGGUCAGGCAUCACUUUUUGCUAUCAUCUACUUUACUGAUAAUAUCCUUCCUGUCUACAUCCCAUGUGGAUUCCCUAGGCAGGAAGAUAUUUCUGUCUCAAGCCAUAUGCUUUGAACCAAUAUUCUUCAUUUUUACCACAUCAGUGGUGUAAAGAGUAAAUAUGUUUUAAUCAGCUUUGGAUUAUGUUGGAGGCUUUUUUUCCCUGCUGUGUUCAGCUCAGUGACCAGCAGUGAGGAGCACUGUGCUGCAUCUCCUCUUGCUGGGCAUGUGCAUUUUUUCAGCACCAGUGGAACUUCCACUGCGGUCCAGGCCUUCUAUUCACAUUAUAAACCUUAAAAAAAAUUGUAUACAGAAAAUUGUUUACUAACACGUGGUGUUUAGUCGGUAGCACGGGCACGGGCUGCUCAGGAGUGAGAGGAAUGUCGCAUUUGUCUUUACAAACAAGCUGUGGAUCUGCUGGUAGAUAAAACCAGCACUGAGAGGUAAAACAAUGGGAUGGAUUCCACUGAUUGAUGAAUGGGAAAAAGAGAUUUGCCUUUACAAACAAACUGUAGGUUUGCUCAUAAAUUAAACUGGAUAUCGGAAGAUGAAAGAAGCAACGGGGGGAAACUGUGAAUUGUAUAAGAAUUAAAAAUUAAAAGGAAGGGUUAUACAUUAGAGAGGAAUCUCAGGUGUCAGGCGUUCCGGGAAGUCUGUGCCUCUCAAGUACCUCAGCCCAUGGGGUAAGACAGAGGGAAAAGCGGCCGGAAAAUUCGGAUAAAAGGAGGCUGCGUCCUCCAAAAAUUUUAGAGAUCCCAAGGGAAUGCCCCACGGCCUCUCCCUUUAUUCGAAUAAAGCAAAAAGGACUCCUCUGUCUCCUAUCUGGACAUAGA